UGAACGACAACGGCCGAGCUAAAUGGUGCUUCGACACGGCAGCUAACGUUUGGGAUUUACAUUUCCAUUGGGAAGAAAUAUCCAUUUAUCUUUUUGUGGAGCCAGGCAGUAACACCAUGGCUCUUUACGAAUAUGUCACUCAGGAGCAGCUUGCGGGCUUCGACAAAUACAAGUAUAGUGCAGUGGACUCGAACCCCCUCUCCGUCUAUAUCAUGCAUCCUUUCUGGAACUUUGUAGUGAAGUAUUUACCAACAUGGCUGGCUCCAAACCUCAUCACAUUUACAGGCUUUAUGUUUCUUGUGUUGAAUUUCCUCAUGUUGGCCUUCUACGACUAUGACUUCACUGCCUCUGCUGCAGGACAUGAACACGUGCCUAGCUGGGUCUGGGUUGCUGCAGGGAUCUUCAACUUCUUGGCCUACACACUCGAUGGUGUUGAUGGUAAACAGGCUCGUCGCACAAACUCCUCCACGCCACUGGGAGAGCUGUUCGACCACGGCCUGGACAGCUGGGCCUGCAUCUUCUUUGUGGCCACCGUCUACUCCAUUUUUGGGCGAGGGGAAAGUGGUGUGGGUGUGGCCACACUGUAUUACAUCCUGUGGGUGGUGCUGUUCUCCUUCAUUCUAUCUCACUGGGAGAAAUACAACACCGGCAUCUUGUUCCUGCCCUGGGGUUAUGACAUCAGCCAAGUGACCAUCUCCCUCGUCUACUUGGUCACUGCUGUGGUUGGUGUGGAAACAUGGUACCAGCCCAUCCUGUGGCAUUUCCUGUAUAGAGACCUCUUCACCUUCAUGAUCAUUGCCUGUUCCUUCACUGUGACAUUACCCAUGAGCCUCUACAAUGUCCUUAAGGCUCAUCGCAGUAACACUCUGAAGCACAGCAGUCUGUAUGAAGCCUUCCUGCCCUUCUUCUCUCCCGUCCUCCUCUUCAUCCUUUCCACCACGUGGGUGGUCUUUUCUCGCACCAACAUCCUGGAGCUGCAGCCCAGGAUCUACUACCUCAUGGUGGGGACAGCCUUUGCUAACGUCACGUGUAAGCUGAUUGUGUGUCAGAUGAGUAACACACGUUGCCAAGCAUUCAGCUGGUUGUUGCUGCCGAUGGCGGCUGUAGUGUUGCUAGCAGUGACAGGAGUGGUCGGAAAUGAGACGCUGCUGCUGUAUGUGUGGACGGCGGCUGUCAUACUAGCACACAUACACUAUGGCGUAUCAGUGGUUCAGCAGCUCAGCAGCCACUUCAACAUCCUUGCCUUCUCCCUGAAGAAGCCCAACAGUGACUGACAGGAGGAGGAACGAAUCGGCUUGAAAGGAGCAGAGGUUUAGACUCCUCCUCUCCCUCUGCUCGUCGACACUUCACUCUCAUCACCACGGAAACCGCAUCCCCUCUCCUCCAUCCCCGAAGACGCUGAAUGGACUGUCCCCAAAUACGCACACAGACACUCACAAACACUCAUUCUUAACCAACAAACCAGCUGGUCUCGGCGAUGGGGCGGGCCCAGGGGCGCUGGCUUCCGUCAUUGGUGAUUGGCUGACUUGGUUGAGCCAAUGAGGUGCAAUUGUUUCCUACGGAAAUGUGCUUCAGUCGUGAGGACAGGAGCCAUGAUGACACAUACUCACACAUAUGAAAAUAUGACUCUGCUUUGGUGCAGAUCAGUGAUAUCCUGUGGCUUUUCUUUCACACAACAAACACACCUGCACUCACAUAGUAUUAUGAAUGUAUAAUCUGCCUUGGGGAAACGCCAUUUGAUUUUUAUUCUAUUAACAGGAAUGCCUCCAGUAGUGUUGUUUUGAACUUGACCAAACCUUUAAAUUGUGGCUUGUCAUGAGUUAGCCACAUUUUAUCAUCCGAUGAUUUCAGGUAGAAAUCUCAGUGAUGUUUGUUCAUAGUUAAAUAUAUAUAUGUGUGUUUAGGGGCUUGGGGCAUUUUACUUUCAAACUUAGUAAAAACAUUGUAUAAAUUUCCCUCUUAAUAAUUCUAAACUGCUUUAUGGUGACGGCUGUCAGCUUAAAAAAUUCAGAUUUUGACAGAAAUCUUGACUAACCCUCCACUCUGACCUGUCUGAGCUCCGGCCUCUUGGCUCUUCCUUUCCUCUGAGGUGUCGUGUCUUCAUGCUGAUUCGUUGGGUUUCUUUUUUUACCAUUUUUUAUGCAUAUAUACUGUAUGAUUUUGUGUGACUGUCCACGGCGGACGGUUUGUGGUUUAGUUGCGCAGCGCUUGAAUGAAGAGUGCGUUCAAAAACCGUCAACGGAGCGGACUCACUCUGAGGGAACAAGCAAUCUACACCGCAAACGCCACAAUGCCGCCAGGCGUCACACUCUACUUGUAACACGCACACAUGUAUCAUCACACCUUUUAUACUGUCUGCCAGAUAACUCAUGUAUUUUCUUUUUUUUUUUUUUUCUUGUUUUCAGUCUGUUAAACACUGUUCGUCCGAGUGACUCAAAGGAUGUUUCCAUGAAGAUGGCUGCAGACUGGACUUUGUUACUGAUCAAACUGGUUUUCACUGCCAGGCGCAAAAAGAAUUCACUUCUUAUCCAUUGUGAACCUGUUGAUCUGUCAGAAUGGUUGUAGUUUGGAGGGUUUUUUUUUUCUUUUCAUUUAUCCUCCCCCUUUGGCCCUGCUGUCUGUCUGCAAGCACCAGCUUCAGAUCUCUAAUUCCUGCUGACACAUGUAGGUCAGAGAAAUUCCAGGUAUGCUCAACAGUUUCCUACUGUAAGCAUGACAUGAUUGUAACCCUGGUCUGUUGUUUGUCAUGCAUUCUUCUACCUGUAAGCAAACAGGAGAAUCAAGUUAGUUAAAACCUUUAAAAAGUGUUUGUAAAACUUGUUAAAAUGAACCAGAAUAACUUGUUGGGAAAACUUUUUACUUGCUUUGUGCUCAGCAGAUAUAACUAGAAGUCAUGUUUGUUAGUGAUCUGAGCUAAGCCAACGUCUGAAUGUGAUUCAUCUCAUAUAUAUAGUACGAAGGGAUGAAACAAUAUACCUCACAAUACAAUUACAAAGAGAUAAAAUAUUGAUGGUGUAAAUCUAAUUGGCAAAAAUAUAUAUUGCAAUACCGUAUUACAGAUAAUUUGCACUGUUAUUGUUCUAGAAAGGUAAAAUAAAUAGUCCUAUUUACUCAAAAUCAUUUAAAUCUCAUGUCUUUGUAUAAAAAGUGUACAAAAAUAUUGUGAGAGGGGCAUAUUGUUACAUCCCAACUGUACCAAUACAUGUGAAUGGUGCAUAGAAUAUGCACUCUCUGACCACUUCAUUAGGUACAUCUGUGUACACCAGUUAACAGAAACGUAUAAUCAGCCAAUCACAUGGCAGCAAUCAGUACAUUUGCAGACAUGGUCAGAACGAUGUGCUGAAGUUCAAACUGAGCAUCAGAAUGAGGAAGAUGCUGAACGUGUUUUGGUUGGGGUUUAGGCAGGCUUUCAUAUUAUUUACUGCAAAUUCGGACCCAACCAUUUGAGUGCCAUAGCAAAACUUGAGCAUUACCAGACCUGACAAUGUUUUUCUUAUCCUCUGUUGUCUAAUUUUGGUGAUCUGUGUUUGAACUAUGGGCUGCAUGGCAACACAGGGGUUAGAGCUGUUGCCUUGCAGUAAGGUUCCUGUUUCGCUUCCUACGUACCCAGGGCUUUCUUCUCCCCAUGCACACAUGGGUUCUGUCCAGGUUUUAUGGCUUCUUCCAAGCACCAAAGACAUGCUCCUUAGGUUAGUUAGUGACUCUAAAUUGGCUGUAUGUGUGAGGUGUUCACUGGUGAUCAGUCCAGGAUGUACCCCCCUCUUGCCCAAUGACAGCUGGGAUAGGCUCCAGCUCAAAUGGGAUAAGUGGUGUAGAAAAUGGAUGGAUGUAUGAACUGUCACCUCAGUGGCAUCCACUGUGGUCUUCUGCAGCUGUAGCUCAUCUGCUUCAAUGCCCGAUGUGUUGUAAUGAGUAGUUUUGAAGUUAAUGUUGCACAAACCAGUCCAGCUAUUCUCCUCUGACCUCGGCCAUCAAGAUGGCAUUUUACCCAGGGAACUGCAGCUUACUGUUUCCUCUUCUCAGACCACUCUCUGCAAACCUUAGAGAUGAAAAUCCCAGCAGACCAGUCUGUCCGGCACCAACAACUAUGGUCCUUUGACUUACCUUUCUUGGCCAUUCUGAUGCUCAGUUUGAACUUCAGCACAUCGUCUUGACCAUGCCUUUAUGCCUAAGUAGAUUGCUUGCUACCAUGUGAUUGGCUGAUUAGAUAUUUGCGUCACUGAGCGGUUGAACAUAUAUCUAAUGAACUGGUUGGUGAGUGCAUAAGAUACACUGGGAAUGAAAAAUCUGAAAUUCUUAGACCUCUAGGGAUCAUCUUUCCCUUAAGUCAGGAUGUUUUGUACAUAAAAUGAUUCAAUGAGCACUGAUGGAUUAGACCACAGCUUCCUGUAGCUUCAUUAUCACCAUGUACGAUCCAAAUCUACUGCCAUUGUACCCCAUAAAGAAGCUCCAUUUGGCUUGCAGCACAUCUGCUGUUGGAUAAAGCUUGUCUGCAGUCAUAAGCACAUUGUGAAUUAUGAAAUGUUUGUAAUGAAGGCCCACAUCUGUGACUGUGGAGACUUUAGAUUGUAGAGAUGUGAGAACAACUGUGACUGAGAUUUAAACGUUUUGCCGAGGAGUAUGUGCGCUGUCUGUGCAUGUGCAGAUCUGUGUGUACAAGUCUGUUAAUGUAUGUGUGUAUUCUCUGUGUGCAUAUCUGUGUAAAUACAUGUAUUAUUUCUGACAUUUAUAUUUUCUUUUUUUUUUUUUUUUAAUUACAAAUGGAAUUGUUUUCUGUUAUUUUAGACUUUAUUAUUUUACUUUAUAUCGGACAGGAAAUUUUUAAUACCAGGAUCAGCAGUUCUCUUAUCUUCAGCUAGAGAGCUUUCCAGAUUACCGGUCCUGAUCUGAAGCAAACUUUGUUUAAAGCUGUUUCCAUCCCUGCAGUUUUGACUGAUUAGACUCUAGUCUUUUUUUGUGGAAAGUUUUGAAAGUGGACGGGCUCUGGGUGGAAAAACCCUCCAGCACAGGAAGUAAACACUUCGAACAAUGCUAAUGCAACAAAGGAUCUCAUUUCAUAUAAACUGAGUAGAAAAUUUAAUCUCAGUGAAAAAACAGAAAUUCUGUAUUCAGCUAAAUGCUUUUCCAGCUGGCAUUCUUAAGUUUAUUUAGGAAGUUUCCGUUUCUGAGCUGAUUUUUCUGGGCAUUUUUUGUAGUGUGCUCCUCAGCCUCACAACUUUCUAAGAAAUGGUCUUAAUCUGCCUGGAUCAAUGAACUUAACUGUUCAGUUUGUGAUGAAGUCCUUGUUUAAGCCGCCCUGGUAGACAAACGAGGGCUGCAGUGUGGCUACAUGUGAUGUUGUAUUUAACCAGUGAAGGAAAAGACUGUCCAGAAACAAAUAAAAACAAAUUUUCUUUAACCAUU